UCAGAACUGUCAGAAAGUUCCUAGGCGAGAGUAGGUCGUCUACUCCUGUCCCAGCAUCUCUUCGUUUCGGAGUAUAACCAAUCACAUAAGUCGAUUUGUGUUCUGAAGAAUUUCUUCACAUGCACCGAGCAUAUAUGUUGCUUGCUAAAGCACGGGGAGGCUUUAUGCUUCAUGCCAGAAGGUAAGUCUUCUGCUGACUAUCUCCGACAUGGAUCAGGUCCUGCGUCCACCACACCUUGGUCUUUCCAUCCUGGCCGCAACUUGGAAGUAACCCCUUGGAGUGGUAAUGGCUCCCCCUCCAGGGACUCUAGUUCUGAAUUGCCAACACACCAAAACAAUGCGCGCAUACCUGACCAUUAUCUAGAAUCAGCACCACCCUUGUUCUCAGCUUUGGAUUCGGCCAACUUUUACACAAAUUUAUCAUUUGACCAGCUUGAUUUAGACGAAUCCACAUCAGUAACAAGUCCAUUUUCCAUCCCUAUCAGAAGGCGUGAUUCAAGUCCAAAUUAUGGCCUUUCUCCUUCAUCUCUCCUUUACAAAUACUCCAACAUUGCUGGCAUGCCAGAAAUGGAUAACAGAACAGUGUUGUCAUCUGUUCAUGAUGAGGCAAACACAAUAAACUCCACAACCACAGCAACAACUCAUACAUGUAAGAAAUCAAGUUGUAUUGCAAUGUCUGAGCAUUCGACCAUCAGGAGCCCCGGCCAGGGAGCUGAAUGUAACCUGACGUCAGGUUUUCCUAUUCAUGAUCAUAUAGCACAGAUGACAGCCACAAAUCCAAGCCAGCCAUACAAACCCACAUUUACGAAGUCGCCAGGUUUUGACACAGCACACUUUCCAACGGCAGCUGAUGCAAUAUUUCACAUGCAUGCUUGUGAUGACCAGUCAUUUGCCGACUCAGUGGACAAUCUCACCCUCUUUCAGCAUCAAAAUUCCAGCAUUCAAGAUAUGGACACUUUAGAUACUGCGUACCCACAAAGUGCACUUCGCAAAGUUGCAGAAAAUUUUCAAUGCGACAAAAACAGCCUUUUCCUUCCAGUACAAAAGAAGCCCGAUGAAUCUUCCUUCCCUUCAAGUAUGAAACAGGAUGGUAAUUUCCAGCAACCAUUUUGUUCCAAUGUAGAUGAUAUUGGCUCAAAUUAUUUUGACAGCUUCUACGACAACCCACAAAUGUUUCCUGUAAGUUCUUCUGAUUCUGGUACCAUCUUUGGACAGCAAGCUAUGAAAAAGAAUUACUGCUCUGAAACAGACUCGGCCUUGUUGGAUGUUUUCUUUCAGGAGGAUUCAGAUUUGAUGUAUGAUGAUAGCAGUCAAGGUUUUUCUAUGAAAAACACCAUGGAUACCUCUGGGUAUGAAGAUGGUGAUGUUGAUAAACAGGAUGUUUUUCAUGGAAACAAAAAGAAUGUUAGGUCUGCAUUGAAUCAGCAUGCGUCCCGUCCAACAAAGCUACAGACAGCAGAGUCUACUAAAGUGGUAGCCGAACUGCUGGCAGGACUGCUUGAUGAUGUUGAUGUUCCAUACUACAUGAAUGAAAUUGAAUCUGGUGUAACAAGCACACCAGAUGGGAAAGAGAUCUCUUUUCUCUGUGAACCAUCUAGUUUGUCAAUGACAAACUCAUGGAUUCCAUCAGACGAGAAAAAUGGUCAAAGGACAGACAGAAAUCAAGAUGUUCUGGAACAGGGAUUUGAGAACAGGGGCCAGCAGGCAGAGAAUAGUGAAAUGGUAUUCAGCCCUAGUUGUCCAGAUUCUAAUUCUAUUGUAUCUUCUAUUUCUUCAUCAUUUCCCUGUCAUAAUGAAACUUGUGAGAGUUUACACAAGGCUUUGAGGCAGCCACCACCUCCUCCCCCUCCACCACCACCUGAACUACCCCAAAUGUCGGUGACAAACAUGUCCACUCAUCCUCAGGCUGUGGCAGCUAAUGUGGAACAGGAUAAUCUACGAAAGAAGCUGGCCAAGAUCAUAGAGGAGGGGAGGAAUGUUGAGAACAGUCUGACUCUUGUAUCACUGCACCACAACCAGGUGAUUCCCCUCAUACAGGAAGGACCUUGCUGUGGACUUGUGGCUUUAGCAAUGGCAAAAGAUUUGAUGGAGAAAACUGAGAUUUCCUUCGAGGAUAUUCUAGCAGUUAGCAAAGCCAGAGGAUAUACAAACAAAGGCGAAAUGUUCUCUGCCUUUGACAUGGGAGCAUUGGCAAGAGAGGUGUAUGGUUGUGAAUGUGAAGUCCUGGACAUGGAGACAACGGGAUCCAGAGAGCUUCUACUGCGCCACAUGGUGGGAGGCAACAUUUGUCUUGUUCCUUAUGAUGCAGAUGCAAACCAUGAACCUUGUAUGAAGCAGGGACAUAAGGCACAUUGGACAAUUAUCACAGGAAUUUUGUUUGUUAUACGUUCAUCUGAGGCUGCCCAGCUUCCGAACGACUUUGUUAUAGAUGAGAAUAUACCACAACUGUUCCAUGUCCAUAGUAAGACUUCCUCAGAAACACUACAACACAUACUACGCAUGGCUGACCGAGACAACAUCCUAGUGUAUGGAAGACAAGGCAAAAGUCGUCACACAGGGCUGUGGUCAUUAGGGAGACUGCUGACCAGCAAUGCCAAUCUGCUGGAGGUCAGCUCCCAGAGGGUUGGAGAAAAUGUGGAGGAAUUUAUCCUUCCGGAAAAUGGCAUUGUUCAAACUCUUUGCAACAAGAUUGUUAUUUUGUAUAAGUGAAUAUAGUGUUUUUUGUUUUAUUUGGUAUUUAGUGUGUUGUGUGAGUGAGUGAAUUACAGCGAGCACAGCUAGAAAGUGUAGUUUUAUCCCUGUGGGGGUAAGGUCAACUCAGACCUGCAUGGCUGGUAAACACUGCCUGUUUAGUUUUACCCCUGUAGGUAUAAGGUUAACGUGGGUAUAAGCUUAACUAGCCAUGUAUGGCUGGUAAACACUGCCUAUUUACCCCUGUAGGGGUAAGCUGAACUCAGCCCUGCGUGGCUGGUGAACUCUACCUUUGUAGUUUUACCCUAGUGAGGAUAAGGUUAACUCAGCCCUGCGUGGCUGGUGAACACCACUAGUUUGGUUUUACCCCUGUGGGGGUUUAAGUUAACUCUGCCAGUUUGGUUUUACCCCUGUGGGGGUUUAGGUUAAUUCAGCCUUGUGUGACUGGUGAACACGGCUCGUUUGGUUUUACCCCUAUGGGGGUUUAGGUUAACUCAGUCCUGCGUGGCUGGUGAACUAUGUGUAGUUUUACCCCUGUGGGGCUUUAAGUUAACUCUGCCAGUUUGGUUUUACCCCUGUGGGGGUUUAGGUUAACUCAGCCUUGUGUGACUGGUGAACACUGCUCGUUUGGUUUUACCCCUGUGGGGGUUUAGGUUAACUCAGUCCUGUGAGGCUGGUGAACACGGCUUGUUUGGUUUUACCCUAGUGGGGAUAAGGUUAACUCGGCCGUAUUUGAGAUCAGUAAUGGUUUUAGCUGCAUGAUGAACAGGAACUUUGCUCUGUAUAUAGCUCAAGAAUACCCAGUGGAAAAUGCUUAAUCAAGAAGGUUUUCCAAAAGUGUCACUUGAGUCUUAUUUUUCUGUUGUUUUUUCGGCCAUUGUUUCCACAUCAUGUCAGUCCAUAUAUCAGGCGUCUAUAACAAAGCCAUGUUAAAUUGUGUAUCCUCAUGCAAACACUGUCCAUUGCGAACAAUUACAUGUAUUCAUAGAUUUUGAAAGUAUUAUUUUUUGAAAUUAUAAAAUUUAUAAUAAUUUUUUUUAAAGUUGUUUACAUAUUUUUGAAAAGUAGUUGAUGAAGUUUAAAGAUGAAAAUAGAAGUUGCAGAAAUAAUCAUUCAUGUUGAGCCAACUCAUAUUUGAAUAAUUGAGUGUUAAAUAUUUGUAAUGACCUUAAUUGGCAAGGACGCUGUCGGAUGCUAUUCUGAAUCAUUCUAGUGUUUUCACGGAAUAUUAGUUUCAUGGACGUUGUUAAAGUUAAGGUGUGUACCCGAGUUGAUGUUCUAUUAAAUUUACUUUUUACUUUGUCUGCAUUUCAUAUACAUUUUGUUUACAAUCAUAGUUGAUCGUUAAAUAAACAAUUAUAUCUGCUUCAUUCUGAUGUUAACAGGUUACCAAAGCAGUAAUUUCACAUUUUUGUGCGGGGCAAAAAAGACAGUUUGAUAUCUGUAUGGGGUAAAAAUAGAGAUAAGUUUUACAUCUAUUUGAAAUAUAUUUAAGCAAAGUUGUUAUCUUGGAAAGAAGGCUAUUUAGUUUCAAUAUUUUGGUCCAUUUUAUUUGUGCCUAUAAACCAUUUGCUGGGCAUAAUAUGUAGUUAACUUACUACAAAAAUCCUGUUCAUCAGCUUUUGAAGUCAAAUGUCAAUUAAAAUCUAAGUAGGAUUAUUCUACUGAUGCUAUUGUGAGUUGUUAAUGUUAAUAUAUGUUUCUGCAUGAUUCUAGUUUGGGUAAAAUUUCUCAAUUUCCACAUUGUAAAAUGGGUUUGGCACAAAAAUGGGUUUGGCACAAAAAAAGAAAGAAUUAUCUACCUUUACAGAGCCCUGAAUUGUCUAUCUAAACUUAUUAUUUUGUCAAAUAACUUAAAUUAACCAUUGUUGUAUCUUUAUUAUCAUCCCUCGUAUUAAUAAUGUUACAGAUUCAAGGAAUUCAACCCAUGCUUAUUUCUGUCCUCUAUGAACUGGUGAUCAAUGACUGAUCCAAUGUGUCACUAUUAACUUUACUAUAUACAGAGAAUACUCACUCCUUUUUUUUCUCUGUCAUAUUAUUUUUUCAGUCAUUGGCUCCUAAUAUAUCCAGAUUUUUCAUUUUUUCUUUACAAUUGUAACUUUUCCAUUUUUUCUUUUUUAUUGUUUUUUUGUCACUGAUCCAAUUUCCUUUCUUUCAAAGAAAAUUGUGAUGGCUGUUGUAUUUAUCACCUGUGUGGUAAACAAUCUGAAUAUGGAUGUUUAUUAUGUUUAAAAUUUUAAAAUGUUAAUUUUUUGCGCACAAAUCCAAAGUUGAAUAUAUUUAUUACUAAUAUAAAUUUAAAAAUUAAGUUGAUAUAGAUUUAAAACAGUUAUAACUUUUUUUUCAAAGAUGACAAUUCGUUGUGGUUUGUUGAAUUGAAAAUGUGUAUCGUAACUUCAGGAUACUUGGUGGUAAAGUUUAUGCAAGAAUCACUACAUUUAGAUGUACUAAUACUAGACUUUAAAGAUGUUAAUGUUGUUAAAGUUUGUAUUGGAUAUUGUUAGUUUUGUUUCUAGAUUGUACCUGUUAUUGAGUAUAAAGUAAAUAUAAUUUGUUGCCUGAUUGGACUUUAUCAACUCAAUUGGGAAAGUUACCAUUGAUAUAGCAAAGAGUACAAAUAUAGUUUUAACCAUUUUGUAUUCUGUAUGAUACUGGCAUUGCUACAUCUCGGAGAAAAUAAACCUAUACCAGUAUUGUUAGAUGGUAAAUGGUUGUUGGAAAAUGUUAUAGAUCAGAAAGUUGUUUUUUCCAGAUGCUAUGUUACAGAACAUCAUUUGCAGAAGUUGUACGAUAUGUAGUUUUAGUCAUUGAUAUUUUUUAUCCAACGUCUUUAGGUAUGUAUACCAUAGCCUAAAAUACAUAUAUCACAUUUGUUUUUGAUGUAAAGGACGUUCAUCUAUAUGUAUACAUCACUUAUAUUCGCCUGCUGUAACUACUAUGUGUAGUGAGGGUCAUUGUUGGAGACAUAUUUAUGAUCACACACUUAUAUAUAAUGUGUGUAUUUGGGUAAUGUUGUAUUGGUUUUUGAACUUACACUGUUGUGUAUUGUAAAUUUUGUAGUUUCUUGUUUUAGUUGUUUGAAAGUAAUCCUAGACCUUAACCUGUUUUGCAGUUAGUGAUGUGCUUAGUUAUUCCAUUUGGAAAAAAAAAAAGUUCACUUAUUUACGACGAUAAUGUUUCUGCUUCUGAUUUGUUGUUGAUAUUAUCUUAACCAUUAUAUCUACAGUAUCUAGUAUGGAUAAGAUUGGUUGAUGAAGUGUAGUGCUUUGUUGUUGCUGAACUCUGCUGAGGUUUUGUAAUUUUGUACUUUAUUAAUUAAGUAACACAUUUAAGUUCUUCAUCACAUCCAUUUCCUGAAAAAAACCAAUUCAUUGAAAUAUUUUCUUCACCUAAUUGAUAAUGAAUCAUUGCAUAAUCAUGUACUUUGUAUAUACUACUGCUUCCCAAGGUAUGUUCCAACAUCAAUUUGAAGGGAGUAGUACAAUUAUGCAGCAAUUGAUAAAAAAAAAAGCAGCUGUUUUUCAUUAAUGGUAUACUGCAGUGUCCUAGGGAAUUUUGGGAAAGUGAAUUUUGUUCAGAAAGUCAAUUUAUUAUGUACUGUCUUGACAUAAAUGUGACACACAACCACGGACACUUUGAACAAUAGAACUGUGAUGAAUAAUGAGAAUAUGGAAGGUAAAUAGCUAGUCAAGGUGGAUUCAGAGUUUGUUACCGGGUGACUGCAUGCCAUGAAAAAAAAAGGUUUUUGUAGAUGGGAUGGUUAUAACAACAGUGCUGUUUUAACACCUACCAGUUAAUAUAUGGUUGUAUAGUCAGGAGGGGUUCAGAUUAUAGAUGUAAAAGAUACAAUGAUGAGGAUUCAAAUAGAUAAUACCUGGUGUGGGUGUAAAUGAGGGGGGUUUCAGGUGAAGGGGAGGGAGAUCAGGUUGUAUCAGAAGGAGAAAAUGAAGAUGCAUAAUAUUUUGAUAAAUUUACAGUUUAGUUUUGGGUUUAGACUAAGUUAGUAUAAGUUACCGAAGCCUAGUGAAGGGUUUAUAGAGGUGUUCAGUGAUUAUUGGCUUCCGGUAGGAGUUAAGACAAAGAGAGGAGGUUAAUAUUACUGAGCCUUUAAUUCAAGGGCCAUAUGUAGAGUAUGGAAUAUGUUGCACAUAAUCAAGAGGCAUUUUAAGGAUAUCUGAAUUCAAAGUGUACACAGUAUUGUUACAAGUGUUGGGGGGGGGGG